GAGCUCUCUCGUCGCCUCCGUUUUGCAAGCGGCGACCGCCCGCAGCCUUUCGGCUCUGCCUUCCCCUCUCCCUCCCCGUAGCUGUCCUCCUCCAUCCCGCAGGCGGUGGUAAUUGGGGAGCCAGGAUUCAGAGCAAGUCGAGAGGGACGUCGCCCGCGAGGGAGAAGAAGCGAGCGGGGCGAAAGAUUCUUUCUUUCUUUCUCUCUCUCUCUCUCUCUCUCUCUCACACACACACACACACACAUGCGCGCGCGCGCAAGGACUCGCAUAACCAAAACAAACCUCGCCCGCCUUCACCUCGGCGGAUUGUCAACAGAUCAUUUGCAAAAAGAAGCCGAGAACAGGAGUAGCAACCGGCGGGGAGGCGGCGGGGGAAUUCCGGGCAUCUUUUGUGCUCCCCCCCCCGCCGGUGUUUAUGCUGAACGCGGUCUCGCCGAGUAAGCUUCAGAGAUGGAAGAACUUAUCUAAGAAGGACCCAAUUCACCAUAUCAGUCAACUUUAAUUCUCUUAAAGACUCUGGCUUUGUUGCCACUUCCUUACCAGGAUGGCCGAAAAGGCUCCAGGUAUGAACAAAAAGACAUCCAGGUCUACACAGUCUCUUCCACCAGAACCAGUGGACAUAAUCAGAAGCAAAGCAUGUUCUAGGAGAGUGAAAAUCAAUGUAGGUGGACUCAAUCAUGAAGUUCUAUGGAGGACUUUAGAUAGACUUCCAAGGACACGUUUAGGGAAGCUCAGAGACUGCAAUACUAAUGACUCUUUAUUAGAAGUAUGUGAUGACUAUAAUCUUAAUGAGAAUGAAUAUUUCUUUGAUAGACACCCAGGUGCUUUCACCUCUAUCCUGAAUUUCUACAGGACAGGAAAGUUACAUAUGAUGGAGGAAAUGUGUGCCCUCUCUUUUGGCCAAGAAUUAGAUUAUUGGGGGAUUGAUGAAAUAUAUUUAGAAUCCUGUUGCCAGGCAAGGUAUCAUCAGAAAAAAGAGCAAAUGAAUGAAGAAUUAAGGAGAGAGGCAGAAACAAUGAGAGAAAGAGAAGGUGAAGAAUUUGAUAAUGCUUGCUGCCCAGACAAAAGGAAAAAACUCUGGGACUUGUUGGAAAAGCCCAAUUCAUCAGUGGCUGCAAAGAUUUUGGCCAUUGUAUCCAUAUUGUUCAUUGUACUAUCCACCAUUGCUUUGUCACUCAACACUCUACCUGAGCUUCAAGUAAUUGAUGAAUUUGGACAACUAAAUGACAAUCCUCAGCUAGCACAUGUUGAAGCAGUGUGUAUAGCAUGGUUCACUAUGGAGUACCUUUUGCGUUUUCUGUCAUCUCCAAACAAGUGGAAAUUCUUCAAAGGUCCAUUAAACGUGAUUGAUUUGCUAGCCAUUUUGCCAUAUUACGUCACCAUUUUCCUCACAGAGUCCAACAAAAGUGUGCUGCAAUUUCAAAAUGUCCGCCGUGUAGUUCAAAUAUUCCGUAUCAUGAGGAUACUGCGGAUCCUUAAACUUGCUAGACAUUCAACUGGACUUCAAUCUUUAGGAUUUACCUUACGAAGGAGUUAUAAUGAAUUGGGUUUAUUGAUACUAUUUUUAGCUAUGGGAAUUAUGAUAUUUUCCAGUCUAGUGUUUUUUGCUGAAAAAGAUGAAGAUGCUACAAAGUUUACAAGUAUUCCUGCAUCGUUCUGGUGGGCUACCAUCACUAUGACCACAGUAGGUUAUGGUGACAUUUAUCCCAAAACUUUAUUAGGUAAAAUAGUUGGUGGAUUGUGUUGCAUUGCUGGAGUGCUAGUAAUAGCCCUACCCAUUCCCAUCAUAGUAAACAACUUCUCAGAGUUCUACAAGGAGCAAAAGCGGCAGGAGAAAGCCAUUAAAAGAAGGGAGGCGCUUGAACGAGCAAAGAGAAAUGGAAGUAUUGUCUCAAUGAAUUUAAAAGAUGCCUUUGCUCGCAGUAUGGAACUGAUUGAUGUAGCUGUUGAUAGUGAUAAAACUGAGGAAGCAGCCAAUUCAAAGGAAACUCCUGAUGACAACCACUUAUCUCCAAGUCAUUGGAAAUGGGCCAGAAGGACAAUGUCUGAGACAAGUUCUAAUAAAUCCUUGGAGAACAAAUACCAGGAAGUGAGCCAGCAAGAUUCACAUGAAAAGCUAAACAAUACAGCAGCAACCUCCAGUCCUCAACACUUGAGUGCUCAGAAACUUGAAAUAUUAUAUAAUGAAAUUACUAAAACUCAGUCUCAGCCUAAUCUGAAUUCUAACUACCAAGGCCCUUCAGUGAAACCUCCCCUCUAUGAGGAGGAGAUAGAAAUGGAAGAGGUCACUGGACAAGGAGACAGAUCUAUAACAGGACCUAAAGAAGUCAUCCCUGAUAUGAGAAGCACUUCUAGCAUUGACAGCUUUGCCAGCUGCGCCACUGAUUUCACAGAGACGGAACGGUCACCUCUUCCUCCAUAUUCCAGUUCUCAUUUGCAACUAAGAUUUCCCAUUGAAUUUGCCCAUGUAGAAGACCAAACAGCAAAAGAUUCCCAGCUUUUACCAUUUAUGAAAGAUAAAAUGUUUACUCCCAGGGAUACCUGCUUUGAUUACUCCACAGUCAAUACAAUGAUGAGCUCUGAGAGCUGUCCUCAUCCUCUCCUUCAUGGUCACUUUCACUUUGACAAUGCCAUGGAGAGUCCCAAAAGUUCUUUCAGAGGAAGCAACCCUUUAAAAUCAAGGUCCCUUAAAGUUAAUUUUAAGGAAAACAGAGGCGGUGCUCCACAAACCCCACCAAGCACCACAAGGCCAUUGCCAGUGUUGGCAACUGGAGACCUCCUACAAUAUACCCCUCAGCAUAUCAGCACUAUCCUCUUAGAAGAGAAUUCACCACAGGGAGAAAGACCCCUGCUGGGUGCAGAUUCUUCUGGAGCUUCAAAGCAAGCAUGCCCUUUGUUCCCCAAGCAGAAACGUUUUUCUUUCCCUUCCAAAGAGAGAAGUUUUACUGAAAUAGACACUGGUGAAGAAGAUGACUUCUUGGAAAUCCCUGGCAUAAGGCAUAACAGGCAGUUGGAUAUCAAGGCAAACUGCUUUGGGGAUAAACUUAAGGAUGGGAACUAUGUAACAGAAGACUCUGAAGUCAGUUCUUCUUCACCCAAACAUUUGGGUCAUAACUGCACUCAAGACAUUUAUCCUGUUGGAAGGGAAAUAACAGGGGACAAUAAUCAAGAAGGUCACAAAAUGGAAAACCAUUUGUUUUCCCCAGAAAUCCAUACAAAUCCUAAUGAUCCUGGUUACUGUCCCACCAGAGAAACCAGCAUGUGACUAAUUAGGACAGCAAUAAUGACAAAACUUAUUUCUUAAAACUGGAAUUAGCAAUGCCUAUGAAUUAAAAAAGGGAAGCCUCGAAAGUAAAUAAAAUAUUUUUGCAUGGCAUGAAGAGUUACUUAGUUUAAGUACAAUUAAUUUAAAAGCAAACAUUUUUUCUAACAAAACGUAAAUCAGGAAAAAUGCAACAAGAACUGAGUAAAAUAAAAUGCUGUUUUCAGAGAUGAUUUUCUGCAAUGCUUUACACUGUUAAUACUUUCAUUUAUGGUUGUAGAUAAUUUUAAUUAACUUUUAUUUUUUCUUUUGAAUUUCAGAAUUUGCACACGAAAGGAUGAAAUGUUGAUUUAUAUGUUAAUAAUAGUGUGAAAUAAGGUGCUUUGAGUCUGCAAAAUGCACAUUUUGUAAAUAAGUUGGAUUUGCUGGAACAUCUCCAGUUGUCAAGGAUUUGUAAAAACAAAAACAAAAAACCAGGUUUCUUGGGGCAGAUACUUCCUUCAAGUCCACUGCCUGGAGGAUUUGUAUAGACUUAUGUUGCAGAAUUGCAGCUUAUUCUUAGAGUAUCUUACUUAUCUUGUUUUCUCUUUAAAUCUCCAUCCAAUGUACGCUGUUUGUUUAAGAAAAUUGCAGUGUUUUCUCAUUUCUUUGUGAAGUGAACCAUAGCUUCAAUUAUUUUUAUUUGCAUAGAUGUCGUGGAUGCACUUGCAGCUUCUGGGGGGGAGGAAUGGGAAUUCUUAAGACUGUGCAAGAUUUAAUGACCAGGAAUUGAACUUUUGUCAUAAAUGCCAAAUUGAAAGCAAACAAAAAAUCAUUACAAGAAAUACAAUUAUUUUUAUGAUAAUAAAAUGUGCCAAAUGACAUGAAAAUGAUUAUUUUAUCCUAAGACUUUAACAAUGUUGUAAUGUUGCACUAUUGUUAAAAUCUUACUAUUUGUAGACUUCUUGUUAUUGUAUAUCUGCUGUUUUCUUUAACAGUAGUGUGUCAUUUGCACAUCAUUUUUCACCCCAAUUUAGUUACUAUUUGGUUUCAGAAUGCUGUACCAAUAUCAUUCCAUAAAUCAACCGAUUUGUCACAUAUGAGAAGUCAGAAAAUGUAUCAGAGGAGGUUCACACACUGUGCAAAGAAAUAAUGCAGAUUAUUUGUGUUUAGUUUAGAAUAUGUUGUGGCCACAGUGGUCCAUAUACUGUAGUAUAGGGCUUAAAAAUGUGUAAAACCUGUAAUUGUGCUUAUUCAGCAAAAUGUCUGAAUGCCUCAAUUUUGCACAAGGUACGCUGAAUGCAGAUAGGUUCACUCAUAAUUAUCACCAUUUCCAUGUAAUUAUAGCAAUUAACAUGCAGAAAAUGGAAUAUUUUGAAACCUUCAUUGUUCAUCGUCAUGAUAUCUCUCCCAUCACAAGCAUUCUAGUCAAUCUUUUUCUCCCCCCCCCAGAUUUCUAUAACUAAUUCUGCUAAUAAAGAUUUCAUAGCUUUAAUAGUUAUUUUAGAAUCAGAAAAUUCAGUAGUUUUAAACAGCAUUUUAACUGUGCUAUUUUUAAAAACAACAACAACAGCUUUACAUAUUUCUCAGUUACACUUAUUCUAUAGGGCCAGGGAGCACAAUUGGAAUUUUAGGAACUUGUAGGAAUUCAAAGGGAAGAAUAGAAGUACUGUCAGCUAGCAAAACUCAGUCGGGUCAGUCAUUUUUUCUAACAGGCCACCUUUCAGCUAUGCAGUGUUCUCUUAUGGAAUGAAGUAAAGACAGAUCCCUGUGUAAGUCUAAGAGAAACAAAAGGAUAUUAAUCUAACAAAUAAUAUAAUAAACCACAUGAUUCAAAUGAGAAGAUAUCUUUUAUGGCUCAAUAGAUCUCUUUAGAAUUAUAGUUUAGCUUUAUCAAUUUUUCCUAAUGACAAUAGGCAAGUGACACAUUUUGAAACAAAACAUAGGAUUGCAGCCCUCCACCAAUGCUAUUUUCUGAGAGUGACCAAUGUUUAAAAAAUGCAUGAUACUAAAAGUCCACACAUGGCUUUGCAAAGUGCCAACCCAUGUACUUUUUUUUUCCAGUUAAAAGAUGAUUUUUAAAGCACAUUAAGCACUGAGGAAAAACAUCUGUUGCUGAUUUUUUUUGUAUAGAUAAACAAAGCUCCCCUAACUUUUUUAAAACACAAUUUUUAUUUUGUUAUUUGCACCAAAACAGCUUUCAGUGGAGAAAAUGUACUGUACAGCUCAUGAAUUUUACUUAUCCUAAAUACAGUUCAACAAUUGCAAAAUUAUAUUUCACUCUUUGGACCAAAUUAAGCACAGGAGAUUAUUGGUUUCAAAAAAAUGUUUUUUAAGUUCCUCUUAAGACUUCCUUUUUCUAUUAAAUUAUAUAUCUUCAGAUCCAUAUUUUAUUAAUUUAUAUACUGGGGCUAAAUGUCAUUUCUAAAGCAGCCAAUGUCUGGUCAUUAAGUCUCAAAGUAUUUAUUAGUUCUUAAUGAAAAUGAAAUUACUUUUAUUUUUGCAUAAGAUUUGACUUAAUUGCAUGGCAAUCCACAAGAUCUGUUCCAGUUACUUAUAUUUUGUUCCAUAAAGCUCCUUUAUUUGUUUAUCUUCUUUCACAGUUAGAUAUUCCCAUUAAUAGAGAGCAAAUGCUAGCCAAUAGUUUUUUGGAGAUGUUGUUUUAUUAUUCCAGCUCAUUUGUUUAUUAUGUCCGGCAUACAGUUCCUGCCUUUAUUCAGACAAUUGAGUAAUAGUCAAAAAUAAAGGCUAAAUGAAAUGUUAGCCUUAGAUUAAAAACAGCAGCUUGCUCAGUAAUUUUAAUGAAAUCAUGAUUUCCCUCAAAAUGUCUACUCAAAGAAAACUAUUGGGAACUACCAUAACUUCUGAGUCAAAGAUCUAAAGUUCAAAAAUGAAAAUUUGUGCUUCUCAGAUUGAAUGAUGAAUAUCUUUCUGUCUUUAUAGUCCUGAUGUUGUAUCACAUGACAUGGACAUUUUAAGUUGCUAUCUUAUAGAUGAAAAAAAGAAACUCAUGUAUUUUCUUUAUAUGCACUGAAAUAUUGUAAUCUGUUUCCCAUACCAAGUCUGUUCAACUAUCAUUUCAAAACUGUCUGCUACUGAAAAUAUAGUUUUUUAAAUCUUAUUUCAAAUAUGUUUGCAAAGUAAUUCAACUGCUGCUACUGAAAGCUGAUCAUCUGCUUAGGAAAAAAAAUGAAGAUUUAUGAAUUGCUCUUAUAAUAGUGGUAAAAUAAAAGAUGCUUCUUUCGUUCUGUAGAGAUACUGCUACUAAAUGCCAGCUGCUCUUAUUCUAAAGCAAUUAUUUAGAACUAGCACCUCAUUAGAACAGUGACUGAUUCUAAGGCAGAAAUACAGGAUCUAUGACUUUCCUUUUGGCUGAAUUUAAAUUCUCAGCUAUUUAUUUUUGGCCAUAAUGGCUAGAAUUGCUGAAAUUGUCCAGUUUCCCCAUACCAGCAAAAAAAAAGCCAUUUGGACUGAUGAUUCAGAAUGGCGCCCAAGCCACUAGGAAAAUAUACUUAUAUUUUCCUGUAAGUUACAAAAGAUGGUUAUAUUGUUUUAUUUUCACAAUCACAAGCUUAUGAAAUACAUUAAUGAUUAGUCUAAAGUCAUUAAAUGGCUGGAAUCCUAUAGAGGGAUUUGAAUCAAAACUUAUCUUAUUCUACACUCUAAAGUAGCUAACUAACUAAAUAACUAGCUAACUAGAAACGCUAACAUUUUUCAUUCCCUAUUGUCUAAAAUAAGAAACUCUCAACAUAUUCACAAAGAAAACUUUUGCUUGAUUUGGAUAUUUGUGUCACAUAAUAAGUCAAUCAGUCAAUAACAUGUGUAGCAAAUAUCUUAAUUCACCCAGGUUCAUUUUUCAUGAUUAUUUCAAAAGCAAGCCACAUUAAGCUGAAAAAAAAGAAUGGAAUGUUUUCUUCCUUUUCAAGUAUAGAACAUUUAUCAUAGAAAGUGAUUGUAGUACUCAGCUAUGAUGGCUGUAUAUCUGGUGUGUUGUUUUUUUAAAUUAUGCUGUAAUUCUGUAAAAUAUUCGAUCCACUAAAUGUCUUGAGGAAACUACUGAGCCAAAGCCAGUAUGGAAAAAAGGAGAAAGAAAAAUAGAAUUCUUAUGAGUUAACAUGUUUUUUAAAAAUUAUUUUUUUAUAUAUUUGCCUGUUAAUUAUUGUAGCAAAGAGCAAUAUUAAAAUUUUUCAUUCCAAUCCUCUUACAUAUCAGUUAUAAUUGAAACCAUCCUUUUAAAAAUAUCAAUUAAUUACAAGGGUCUAUGCUUGGGCAUUCAGGUUCAUUCUUCUAGCCAAGUUCAGCUGAAGUCAAUGGGCAAAAGAAAGAACAAAUAAAAGUAUCAUAUUUAUUAUGUUUAAAAUGUGAAUAAAUAAAUACAUCCAAUUCACAGCAAAUUUUCAAGGAAGGGAAACAAAAAUUAUCUAUAAUAAAAAUGUUUACAAUCUGGUCUUAAACAUUUCCUUUCUACUCUAAAAAAGAGUGAAAGCAGUUUCCCCACUUUUCACAUUCCCCCAUUGUAUUGACAAACUGUAAGUCUAGCUCAGGGAUGUCAAACUCCCAGGCCGUGGGCCGGAUGUAUCAUGCACUGGCCAUACCCACGUUUACUUUAGCGAAGGGGGAAAAAGUCCCAAUAUGUCGUGUGAUGACACUGUGAUGAUGUGAGUUUGACACCCCUGGUCUAGCUCUAUUAUUCAGUAACAUCAAUAGUGGUGCAAAUUAGAAAUCAGUGGUCCUUCAGAUGUUGCUGAUACAAUCCCCAACAGCUCUCACUAGGCCAUGUCAGCUUGGGUUGUUGAGAGCUGCAGUAUGGAUUGUGCAGGUUCCCCAGCUUAUUUAUUGCUACUACAAAGUAGAAAAUAGUAAAACAACUGUAUAUUAUGCAGUUUCUCCCCAACCAGGUGUCCUUUAUAAUUCAGUUUAUUGCUCAUCCACAUAGAAGGGAAAUCUCUGGCAUUGGAUUUAAGAGUUCUUGUACUGAUGUAGGACAGGCUAGGACAAAAUUUUCUUCCACAAAAUGCACUUCCAGAUAUCAGUGCUGCUAAAAAAACAACCACUGCUCUUAUCCUCAGAACUGAUUACUUUUAGGAAGGGUCUGGUGCAGCUAGGUGAAAAACUGCCCUACCUGUAUAACCUAUUGUAUGUGAUGGAAAAUAUAUUUUGCUCACACCUAAGGGGGGGGAAAGCUUACAUUAGGGGUUUUUUUUAUUCACCUGGUCCAGAGCACUAAAAAAACAUUGCAUCCCAAGUCCCUGGACAUAGAAGAGAAAUUGAGACUUAUGCUUCUUUAUAGUCUCAGCAAAAUAUGCAACUCUAGCCACGGAUAUGAUAUACAAAUUUGGUUGUGCUGAUGAUUAAAUACUUAGGGAUAAGUUUCCUAAAAAGAAUAUUGCUUGUUACAUUGAGAUAACUGUACGUAAUUAUUAAAUGAUGAAAUACAGUCUCAUGUUUAUAGAUAAUAUGUUACAACCGAUACUUGUUUCUUAUCUACAAGUAGCAGGGAUGCUGUUUAUUUGAAUUUGACAUUGUUUUCUUCUGAAUGCUACGAAUGCUGAAAGGGGAAAAAGCACAACAGUAUUCGAUGAUGAUGAUGACUUCUUUUGCCACAAUGUGUUUAUGAUUCAAUUUCAAGGAAUGGCAGCAUUUUAUUGUGAAUUGCUGAAUUACUGUAACAAGUUAUCCUCGUUUUUGUUUUUAAAACUAAGAAAUGUAUUUUCAGUGGGAGAUAAAAGACAUAACACAUCUUGUCAAAUGUCUUUCCACUGCCUUUACAAAUGCCCCAUAUUUUAAAAUGGAAAAUUUUGCUAGUUUUGUUAAACAUAUUAUUCAUCUUUUAAGGACGGCUGCUGGGCUGAAAAUAAUACUCAUAUAAGACACUGCAAGAGUACUUGCUUGAAUUAUUUAUUAGGAAUGACUUAGUUUCAUCAUUUUGUAUGCCAGCUUACCCCUUACCUUCUUCUGUAGUAAACCAUUAAUAAAAUUUCACAUACAAUAGUAUUCAUUAUCAACGUGUUUGUAUGAAUGUUUCCAUCUCAGUUGCAUUUAACAUCAUGAAAAGGAAACGUGAUGUUUCAAAAUUUUCCUUUCCUUUCCUAGCCUUUUUUUCUUUCUUUCUUUCUUUUGAAUUCUGUUACAUUUGCUGAUCAAGUAAAUAUUUGUGCACAAAUCAGCAUAUAAAUAUGCAUGUUGUAGCUGUAUUGUACAAUUGUUCAGCAUCAAGAUACUUAUUUAUUUUCUGUCAAAUGUCUGUAAAAUAAAUGGCAUUGUUCUCCAUUUCUGUCUGCCAGAGUAAGCAGAACA